AUGCCCGAAAAACCACAAAUAACAAAAUCAGUGUCAAGAAACUGUUCUGCUAAAAUUGGCAACGCCAAAAAAUCGUGCAAAACGUGUACCAAAAAUAAAAAGUAUUAUAAUGAUUUAGUUUCAGCAGAAGCAUCCCUUUUGGAUGACAUUUUCGUUUGUCUAAUGACAAUAUUCACAUCUCCCUCCUUCGACAACCAUUUCCAAAAAUUUCAAUUCAAUGUUGCACUUUUUUUGGCAUUGGUUGAAUGCCUCGUGGCUAAUGAAGAAAUUCAGCAAGAAAUGGGAAAAAAUGACCUUUGUACAUUGGAUACGACAUUGCAGAGUCAAAGUGCAUUUGAAAAGUCGAGAUAUCCAAAUAGUGUUGAUGGUUUCAACAAAACGACUCAGAAAUUUGUGCACAACAAACGUGUUGAUCCAUCUAUAAGGGAAAAAGACAAAGAUUGUAAAGUAGAUGAUGAUGAUCUUGCAAUAUACAGCAACGACAAAACAAAUUGUUUUAAUUUCAAUAUGCAAAUUGGUUCUAUUUUGGCCUUAACCAAUGCUAGACUUAAGGAAUGGGAAAAAGUGGGCAGAAAUGCUGUUUUAUGA